UUUGUAUUAUUACAUUUUCUACUUGAUGGUAUAUUUUAAUCACGCGUAAUAACAAUGUAUGAUCCUAAAAGUAAUGAAAAAGAUGAAAGCAUCAAAAGCAACAUCGAUGUUUGUGUUAUAAAAUAUCGAAUAUUUGCUUCAUGUCACCCGAUAUAUUCAACUAGCCUCUUUUCUAUACCUCAAGCUUAAUAGCAAAGAAAGUGCAAUUCGCAAUCGAGACGGCACUAUAAUGAAGAGCAUUCGAGAAGUCUUAUCGCCGCUGUUAAUAAUCAGUUAUGUGUUAGGUUUAAGAUUAUGGAUUAUCGAACUUUCUAUAGCUCAUUUAAGAUCGUGGUUCGGUAUUUCGUAUAUGCUGUCCUUUUGGUUAAUUUAUUACAUCAUCUUCGAAACUAAAAUAAUAUCUCAUAUAAAUGAUGAUAUACAUUAUUCUACCGAAUUUCUUAUUAGUUUUUGGAUAGAUAUAUUCAUAACAUUAUUGACAAUUGUGUUUGGAACGUACUAUAAUAAGAAAUGUAGAAAUUGUUUGAAAAAACUCGAUAUUGUUGACGACACACUACUGAAAAUUGGAAUAACGACAGAUUACCACAAGCUACAUAAGAAAUCAAUGUUGCUCAUCUUAGGAUGGUUCAUAACAGUCAUCCUCAUUACCUGGGGAAUGGCACUGUGGAUGAAUAUUGCAUUUAAUUUUAGCAUUUUAACAACUCUAUAUAUUCACUUUAUGAGAAAUUAUUUCACUUAUAUUAACAUAAUCGACGAUUUGAUUAUUGCAAGUCUUCUUGGGUACGUAGGGUUAAAAUUUGAUCAAGUCAACGGAUAUCUCGUCAAUAUAUCGAAAGAUAACAAAUACGACGUUAAACAAACUCAGGAAAAUCCCGUGUUACUUUCGUACCAACAUACAUUUCCAAAAACUCCAAACAAAGAAUGGAUGACAUGGAUUUUAAUGCAUCUUCAUUUGGAGUUACGUAGGAUAUCUUAUGAAAUAAAUUCGAUAUUUGGAAUACAGAUGACUAUCAAAAUGGGAUGCAUUUUUUUUUGGUUAACGCUCGACUUGCGUGAAAUAUUCAGCGUGAUUCUGAUAAACAAUUAUAUCAGAUGUAAUAGAAUACUGUACAUUAUCAUAAUUGCAUUUUGGAUUAUUCAAAAUAUUGCGAAACUCUUCCUUAUUAAUUAUAUGUGCGAGACAGUUAGCGCAAAGGCAAAUGCAACAAGAAAUUUAAUAAACAGAAUGCAGUAUUCCACUUAUAAUGUUGAAAUUCGUGAAAACAUAUCACAGUUUCUGUUGCAAAUGGCACAAAUACCAGUUAAAUUCUAUGGAAUUGGGCUUUUUCAAUUUGGCUACAAAUUUCUUCAAAAGUUCAGUGUACUUAUCACUUCCGUUGUAGUUUUAUUAAUGCAGACGUACGUAAAUAAACUAGCAUUUUAAAAUUAACUCAUAUAC